GAAGUUUGCAAUCCUUUAUUAAUGCUGCCAAACUUGUAAUCCUAGUUCACACUUCCAUUUUGACAAUUGAAUUGGCAAUUUGGCAUUGCCCCCCGGUUUAUAAAUACAAGCCCCCAUCCUCUCUUAUUGUCACUCAAAUACAAUUGUUGAAUUCCUUGAUCGACCUUUUGCCUUGAGAGUGAGAAAUGGCUUGUGAGAUCAAAGCAUGGUUGGUCCUCUCUCUUGUUCUCAUGGUUGCCUGCAUGCAACAUAGUGUUCUUGGGAAUUCCCAAGCUGUGCCUUGCCUUUUUGUCUUUGGGGACUCUUUGGCUGAUAGCGGAAACAACAACAAUCUCCCAACAUUGUCAAAAGCAAAUUUCUUGCCAUAUGGGAUCGACUUCCCAACCGGCCCAACCGGAAGAUAUACCAAUGGUCUAAAUCCCAUUGAUAAAUUAGCCCAAAUUUUGGGAUUUGAGAAAUUCAUCCCACCUUUUGCAAACCUCAGUGGCUCAGACAUACUCAAAGGUGUUAAUUAUGCAUCCGGUUCAGCAGGAAUUCGGCAGGAAACCGGAACCAAUUUGGGUACAAAUGUCAACAUGGGAUUACAAUUGCAACAUCAUAGAACCAUAGUUUCUCAAAUUUCCACCAAACUUGGAGGGUUUCACAAAGCUGUAAACUACCUUACUCAAUGCUUGUAUUACGUGUACAUAGGCACCAAUGACUAUGAACAAAAUUAUUUUCUUCCUGAUUUAUUCAACACAAGCCGCACGUACACCCCCGAGCAGUAUGCCAAAGUUCUUACUCACCAGCUAUCUCAUUAUUUAAAGGCUCUUCAUCAUGUUGGGGCAAGAAAGACCGUGGUGGUGAGUUUGGAUCGCUUAGGUUGCAUUCCAAAGGUUUUUGUAAAUGGAUCUUGCAUUGAAAAGCAAAAUGCUGCCGCAUUUCUUUUUAAUGAUCAACUCAAAUCUUUAGUGGAUCGAUUCAAUAAGAAAACCUUAAAAGGUUCCAAAUUCAUCUUUAUAAAUAGUACGGCCAUAAUCCACGACAAAUCAAAUGGUUUCAAGUUUACUAAUGCUCCUUGUUGCACAACAAAUGAAAGGGGGAAAUGUAUUCUUAAUGGAACUCCAUGCCAAAAUAGGACCGAGUAUGUGUUUUGGGAUGGAAUUCAUACUAGUGAAGCUGCAAACAUAGUCACUGCAACAAUUUCAUAUAGUACUUCAGAUUCGGCCAUCGCUCACCCAACAAAUAUCAAACACCUUGUUCAUGAUAUCCUUAAAUAAGUUCAGAUAACUUGGGUUAAAUAUGUAGAAAUGCAUAUUACGCAGGGUAGUCUUUGCCAGCUCCUUUGUUCUCGCAUUUUUUGUUUGUUUGUUUUAGCUAUAGUGUCUACUGUCUAGCCUCUUUUGAUAAAUGGAUGAGGAUUUGCAUCGGUUUGAUCUUUGUUGGGCUUCAUAGGCUCGCUAUCUUUUAUGUAUUUGAUAUUUGGUUGAGCACCUAGACUUGAUUUUGGAUUUUCUUUUUAA